AUGAAUAUAAGCUCGAAUGACGAGAUAUUUGAUCCGAAAAAUAGGAGACAAAAUCUUUCAUCAAGUUUUAAUACCCGCGAUAGGGUUUACAGUAUGGACUUGAUUACUCAUUCAUCUCAGAACAGUUGUUCUACUGCGAUCAAUUUCAAAUGGAUGCUUCAUCAGGGUUUGAUGGAACACCGUAAAGAGAUUCUCCGUUACUUUGCUAAAAGGGGCAUUUCGGUCAUUUUCUUCCAAAGAAGAAAUAUGCUACAUAGAUUGGUUUCUAUCCUUGCCAAUUCAUUUGAUAAACAUGUGAAGCUUCUAAAUGACAUGCAUGUAUCUCAUGUACACUCGCCCGAAGAGGUAUACAACACUUUUAUGUUUUCAGUAAGGCAUCUCAUUAUUAUAAAAUCGGGUACAAUUAUGGACGAAUCUGUCGCUAUCUUUUUAAACAAAAGUCGAUUCGUUGUCAUUGAGUGCCCGUCACCAAGAUUCAAAAAGAUGAUGUUUGGUGUGGCUUCACUUAGCUCGGUCACCAACCAUGCCUCAAAUUAUGGCCCUUACACAGCUGAAGCAUUGGUGUUGGCAUCCUCAAACUUACAUGAAAAACCUCUGCACUUGUCAUGUGGGCUAUUAGUUUCUAAGGAUAAAUUUAUUCAGCCUCUAAGGAGACGUAAACGGGCACUUCCUUUGAGCUAUAUCGUCUCUGCUACUAGAAAUGGAAAUGAUGAACCUGAAAGCAGUGUGGGUGCUUAUGCUGCUGAUGAUCAAUCACACAUCAUUUCAGAGAGUAGUAGGAACUCUACUGAAAAUGAUUCAGAGAAGGGAAAUCUUCUGGAUAAAUUAAAGGCUGUUCACAUGCAUGCUUUAGCAAUGGAACAGUGGAAUGCUUCCCGACUAAAACUAUGUCAUAGACGACAUGCUGUUAGUGCUGCAAACCUGAUACAUUAUUUGGCUCUUAAAAGCCUUGAUGUUGACCAAUUAAAAGAUGAGGUCUCUUCUGUAGGCCUCCUGAACUUGGAAACAAUCAAUCCGUAUGUGAUUGCAGGAAUCCAGCUGUUGGAAAAUCUAAAAUCCAAAUCUUCAGAAAAUUUCAACAACCAGUUGACAGCAAGUAUGAUGAGAAAAAGGGUAAAUUCUAACCGGGAUUUUCUUAUGGGUCCAGUUGAAGACAAAAGAAGUCAUAUCAUGGUGACAGUUGGUGAAGAAGCCAUAACCAAUGAAACGUUCAUCAAUGAUAUUCUUAAGGCAGGGACCACAGUCGUGCGUAUCAACUGUGCCCAUGGUGAUCCAAGUGUCUGGAGUGAGACAAUCAGAAGAGUGAAAAUAAACUCUCAGAUGCUUGAGAAACCGUGUAGGAUUCUCAUGGAUCUGGCUGGACCAAAGCUGCGAACAGGUAGAAUGAAAUCCGGUCCAUGUGUCAUGAAAAUAUCUCCAAAGAAGAACGCAUCUGGAAAUGUGAUCAAUGCUGCUCAGGUUUGGGUGGCACAAAAAGGCGCUGGCUCGCCACCUGCUCAUGUGUCUCCAGAUGUGGUCAUGUAUGUGGACGGACAACAGUUUCUUGAAAAGCUACAAGUUGGCGAUACUCUUAGAUUCCGUGAUGCUCGAGGCAAACAAAGGUCACUCAAGAUUUCAAAGAAAUUCCCUGUUUUUAGUGGUGUUGGAUUCAUGGCUGAUUGUACAAACACCGCUUAUGUUGAGAAUGGAACAAAAUUAAAAGGGAACAAGAAAAGGGCGUUGUUUGGAUCUGUGGUGGAUGUCCCUCCUACUGAGACGUUUGUUAGAUUGAGAGUUGGAGACCUGCUGGUCAUAACACGAGAUGAUUUUGAACAACCACAGUUGACUUCUUCCAUGGUUGGUAAUGGGAGUCCUAGAGUGACUUGUUCCUCUGGGUAUCUGUUUGACUCGGUCAAACCUGGAGAGCCCAUUGCUUUUGAUGAUGGUAAAAUAUGGGGAGUGAUCAAAGGGACGAGUAUUUCAGAAAUAGUUGUUUCCAUCACCCGUGCCGGUCCACGAGGCACCAAACUUGGCCCACAGAAAUCCAUCAACAUCCCCGAGAGCAAAAUUCAGUAUGAAGGUUUGACUUCCAAAGAUAUUAUUGAUCUUGACUUUGUUGGCGCCCAUGCUGACAUUGUUGGGAUUUCAUUUGUUCGGGAUGUUGAUGAUAUUAUUCUGGUUGGGCAAGAAGUUAAAAAAAGGAAACUUGAUGGAUUGGGAAUUGUUUUAAAGAUUGAAACGAAAGAUGGGCUUAAGAACUUGCCUCUCUUGCUUUUAGAGGCAAUGAAGUUAUCAAAUCCUUUGGGGGUUAUGAUUGCCAGAGGAGAUCUUGCAGUUGAGUGUGGGUGGGAGAUGAUGGGGGAUAUUCAGGAGGAAAUCCUAUCGAUAUGCAGCGCAGCACAUGUUCCUGUUAUUUGGGCGACACAGGUACUUGAGUCCCUCGUAAAGACCGGUCUGCCUACUAGACCCGAAAUAACUGACGUGGCAUGUGGAGCAAGGGCUAGUUGUAUAAUGUUGAACAAAGGGAAGCAUAUUCUGGAAGCUAUUGCGACUUUAGAUACCAUUUUAAAAGGCAGUUGUGCCAAGAAAUUCAAAUAA